CAGGAUGCACGCUAGCUGCAGAGAGGUCUCUCUACUUCUGGUAGGUCUGGCAUGUUUGCAAUGUGUAUCAGCCUUCAUGCCGGCUUGCCCCACCAUGGGCCGUCUGGUUGGAUUGAGGAUGAAUCAGAAAGGGUUCGGGACACCGCCUCCUAAGAAGAAAGUUUCUGAGAUUGGACAAGAUCGCAAGAGGGCUGCAGACAAGUACGAGGCGCUGAAGAACGAAGGUGCUCCGGAGUUCAACAUCUUCUUUCGCAAGGUCGGCGCCACCGAUGAGGAGGGGGCCGUCAAGGGUGGGUGGUACCCAGUCGGGAGCCUCGCCUGCCCGAGCUCUCAGGUGAUCGACCGAGCGGUCUUCGAGACCGAGGAGGCGCUUCUGCAGGGAGCAUACAGGAUUCACGGGAAGCAGCUUCGCAAUUACUUCUCGACACGGGACGGCGGCAAGGUGAACAACUGGCAGGACCUGAAGAACUGCGACAUCGAGUACGGUUGGCAGUUCAAGGAGUUUCCGGACGAAGACAUCAAAGUGGCACAGAGGCCUGGCAGCGCUGCUGGCAACAACAACCCCUUGGGAGGACUAUUCAAGAAGAUCGAACAGGCUGUGAACUGGGUGCCAGAUAAAGAUUAGAUGUUUACUCCAUCUUCUUAGUGUACAACUGGAUUCAAUACUAAGUGUUCCAUCCCUUGAGAUAAAGUUACCUCAAA